GAUGUUGCACAGAAUCUUGGGAGGAAGGAUUUGAUCCCCGAUGGACUAAUUCUACACGAUAUCCUCUUCCACGUAAACCUUCAACGGGUUUUUGCCGACAGUGACUGCGAGUGGCACGAUACUGUCACCUCGUAACCGUUCUCGGUGCGAAAGAAGAUUGAGCAAUAUGAAAUAUGGAUCGGUACCUGAUCCUUCAAGUCGAACUCUAUCUCUAUACGCGAUUUAGCAUUGUCCGUAUCCCUAGGGCUGACAUUUGCUCACAGGAUGGAUAACAGAACUUACGGAAUCUUGUGUAGAAGCGGUGACGAUUAGAGUUUGGCAAGGAGGAAUGAAUUAUCAUAAAGAUGGCAGGAAGACUUAAAUUCCCAUUCCUGUGAAUCAUCAUCGAUUCGAAUGAUUCAGUGAGGUACAAUUUCUUUUGUCUAUCACCAAUUUUCUGGAUCGGACGCAAUGCUUUUAUAUUCACCUUUUGUUCUGGCCGCGACUGCAGCCUUAUUGGGAUUUUCGCCUGUGAUUGCAGCGCCAGCGAAGAAAUUUGAUGGAUCUCUUGAACCGAGAAGUAACUGUCACUACCUUCCAACGGAUCUUCAGUGGCCUGGUCUUGCAGAUUGGAAACAAUUGAACCAAUCUGUCAAUGGGAAACUCAUUCUCGGAAAGCCCUUGGCUCAAAUCUGCCACAAUUCUGACAACGAUUUGGCCGAAUGCGCAGAGAUAAAAAAUACUUGGACAGAACCGCUCACAUAUUUCACGGAUCCAGUCAAUGUCAUGGCACCAUACUGGCUGAAUGAUUCUUGCAGUCCUUUUACUUCUACAAAUACAACAUGCGAUUUGGGGAACAUUGCUUCUUAUGCCAUUAACGUCAGUAGCGCUGAUGAUGUUAUUGCCGGUUUGAAAUUUGCAACCGAGAACAAAGUCCGAAUCACGAUAAAAAACACUGGCCAUGACUACAUUGGUAGAUCAAACGGCGAAGGGUCCCUUGCACUAUGGACGCACAACCUCAAAGAUAUUUCGUUUCUCAAUUACACCAGCACUAAUUACACUGGUCCUGCGGUCAAAGCUGGAGCUGGAGUUCAGUUCUAUGAAGCUUAUGAAAUCGCUGCUGAGAACGGUCUGCGAGUUGUGGGUGGCUUCUGCCCAACUGUAGGCAUAGCUGGUGGAUAUGUGCAAGGCGGUGGCCAUGGUCCUCUUGGAGCGACGUACGGUCUCAGCGCGGAUAAUGCAUUGGAAUUUGAAGUUGUGACUGCUGAUGGUCGUCAUCUCAUCGCUACCCCUGAGGAGAAUCCAGACCUUUACUGGGCACUUAGCGGCGGCGGCGGAGGCACAUACGCCGUGGUGAUCUCUCUGACUACAAAAGCUCACGUUGACGGUAUAGUUGCGGGUGGAUCAUUCACCAUUAACAAUACUGGCGAUGCUAGAUACUGGUCUGCAAUCGAAGCUUGGCAAAAGCACCUCCUAAUUCUAGACCAAAUACCUGGCUUCACCACAGUUUGGGGUUUCACGAGUGAUGCAUUCGAACUUGAAUUUGCUACAUGGCCGGGUGGGGAUGCCUCGACAAUGGACGAAGCAUUGGCUUCGUACAAAAAAGAGAUCGAAGCAUUGAACAUAACAUUUGCAGCAUACGAAACAAGUGACAGGCCAAACUUCUACGAUCACUAUGAGCACUACACUGGAAGUCUCCCCUAUGGACCUUAUACGACAAAUGAUAUUAUCGGAGGACGCCUCAUCCCCCGCUCGACCGUCCAGAACAAUGCCACUGAUCUAAUUUCCAUUUUCAAAGACAUUAUCAGCACGACUGGAAUUCCCGCAACAUCUUUACGAAUCAAUGGAAUAGCCGCUAAUGUCACACAUGCUCGCGUUGGAAACCACGUAGGCUCUAACGCCGUUCUUCCUGCAUGGCGCGAUUCUCUCUAUUGGCUAAAUGUUGACGUCGGUAUUGAAGCAGCAGCUUCGCGAGAGACAAUACAUCAGAUUCAAGCGCAGGUGAAUGCAUUUCAAGACCAGUUUAAAGUCUUGACCCCCGGUGGUGGAUCUUACAUGAACGAGGCAACAUUCGACAAUCCAACAUGGAAAGAGGAUUACUAUGGUGCAAACUACGAUCAAUUGCUGGAGGUGAAAUUGUCUUAUGAUCCAAACUUUGUUUUGUAUGCUCAUACAUCAGUUGGGAGUGAUCUUAUGACCAUGGCUUCGGAUGGGAGAUUGUGUAAAGAUUGAUAGGCACCAGAAGACGUUCACGUUGGGGUGGUUAGAUGAAUAGUGAUGCACCACCUGGUUUCAAUAAUACUAUAUUAUAGAAUAGAAAUUUAAUGAAUUUUAGAUGAACA